ACGGCGCCGCAGCAGGCCCGGUAGACUGCCUCAACACAACAGACCAGCCCACAGACACGUAGAUUGACGAUCGCCACGGAACUAGUAUCGUCCCUGACUGCAGUCUACAAUUCACCAUGAUCAGCUGGGCGCUAAAGCGCAACUCGGACAGCGCGCGCGACGCGCCCGCGUCAGAUGAUACCACUCAAAUUGACCUCCCCGACACGCCGGCUCCUGUAUUUGCCGUCCGCGCAUUGCGAGACCGCCGGCCUGCGUCGAAGACCACGGACGACACAACAACCCAGCAGAAACCCAAUCUAGCACAACCUACGGCGAAGUCGCCGGUGAAAACGACGGGGAUACUCCUCACACCCGGCACCGGCACAGCGCGUCGGAAGCGUGUCUCGUUCGAUCAAGACGUGAAGCAAGGCUCCGGCGGGGCAGCGAAAGCGAGCACCUCCGGUUUACCGGACGAGUGCCCCGGCAAGUUCCCCAGUCCAUGGAUCGAACGCGGCCAGGAUGGUGGAACGGCUCGACCGAAGACUAGACUGCAGCAGGCCAUGGAGAACUCGCGGAAAGGCAACGCGAAGGAGACCGGGAAGGCGGACGAGAAGGACUCGGCUUCCGCGGCCGGAGAGCCCGAGGACGUAUGGGAGGAAGUGGAUGACAACUCGGAAUUUGAAGCGGACAUGGAUAUCACCAUCGAUCUCAACGAACCACACUCCCGCUCCGGCAAAUACUGGAAGUCGUACUUCGAGACUUACCACCGCGACGCUAAGGUUGAGAUGGAGAAGCUUGUCAAGUACAAGCAUCUCGCCAAGUCUUACGCGAAGAUGAAGGAUGCCGAGGCAGUCGAGCUGAGCCAAAAACUCAAGGCAGAGCAGGAGAAGGUCAAGGCGAUGGAGCAGAAAAAAAAUAUCGACGAAGCAGGCGACGGACACCAACGGCAACAGCGAACAGCGUCCCCUCGGACACAGCGAACCCUAAUGGAAGCGCAGCGGGAAUUGAGGCGCGCGAGGUCACAGAUUCGCGAGCUUGACAAGCUCCAAGAGGAACGAGACCGACUGAGCUCGGAGCUGAAAUAUGCCGAGCAGCGCGCGAGCAAGCUUGCCGAGGAGAACCGCAAACUCACUAGUGAACUGUCUCAGACCGCUGCGCGGGUCCGGGACCUGGAACAGAAGCUGGGGGACUCCAAGGGUCUCUACGAAAAGUUGAAGGACGAUGCCAAAGCUCGGUAUCUCGAAGCCCAGCAGGUUCUGGAAAAGAAGAACGAGAAGAUUUUGGAACUCGAAGAGGAGAUCGAAUCACUCAGGAGAGUCGGAACCGAGCCAAGGCGGCCGAGUCGAUCUACCCGGGCAAAGAGCUUUGACGAAAAGGGCAGCGCACUCAAAUCCCUGGAACAAGUAGACAACGGGACGGCGCAGCGGCGCAAAGAGCUCGAGGAAAUGAAGCUGGACUCCAGCCGAGACAGUCUGACCGCCGCAGCAAACCGAGCUCAGACCAGGCAGAGGGAGAAGCGCGGCGCAGAGGUCAGCAGGCGUGCAUCUUUUGAGGACAGGACGCUUGCGCAAUCCCGAGCUCUUAGGGAGAGGCUCGAGGCCGAGUCUGGCACCAAAGCGCUGCCUGCCUCCGGCGUCUUCGGCGAGCGCGGGAACCUGCAAGACAGCCAGAGUUCGGCGUCGAGCGGGCGAUCCGCCCACCUCCGCGACGAUCCACCGCAUCGCACCCGGACCGACCGGCUGUCACGGGCGACUCGGGAAGUGACCUCAGCGGAAAAGCCGACGCUCGAUGCACUCAUCGCGGAGACGCGCGAGAGGCGCGCCAGAGCAACGUCCUCGGAGCGUCAGCAGCAGGCGAAGAAGCUGCCGACACGGCCGCUCUCGCGGGAGGCCGCGAGAUCACCGGACGGCGAUCUCGCACAAGGCGACCACGCACACGUCGCCGCCGGCACAGAUGGCCAGACUAGCGCUGUUUGGAGUACUAUGAGCGCUUCACGGGCUGCUCUCCCCGCGCACCGCAAGGCGGCCGCCAUUGCCCGGCUUCAGCGCAAGAAGGCGGAGCGGGCGAUGCAGCUGAAACUCCUGCGGGACAAGGAGAACUCGGAUCCGUGA